AAAGCCAGACAGACCACAUGAAGCCACAGCCUCCAGUGACAUCACAUCAUGUCAUGUUGUGCCCCUGUCAGGACGCACACAGUUCAGGACAAACGAGUUUGGAGACAUUCUGUGUGUCAUCCUCCCUCCUUCUUGUCUGCCUUUUGCUCCUCCUUGUUGAUGUAUAUGCUGACAGUGUCUGCAGAUGGUUUGAUUGAUUCUCUUUCUGCCUGUGACUUCUACCAAGCGGAUCAUGGAUUACUCUCAGCCUUUCUCAGUCCUCAACGAGAGACUGAGACCUCGAUUCACCAGCAGUGAGCAGCUCUACUCCUCUCUGAACAGACUGGAGGGCAGACAGUUGGGCUCGCUCCGGAGCAGAUCCCCAUCUUACCGACCAACGAUUCUGCCAGCAGAACCAGAACCAAAAGUUUCUGUGACCAUAACAGAACAAGAUGGUCCAGAGGAACCUGAAGAGGAUGCAGAGCAGGAUUUGGUCUCUGAUGGCCUAGGAGAAGGAGAUCUGCUGCCCAUUAACAGCUCAUGCUUCAUCACUGAGUUGAAUUUAAAAGAUGUGUGUGAGGAAGAGCUGGCUGAGGAGGACAGCAGCUCCUCACAGUCUGAGGAGAAAGACACACCAGGUGAGCUGGCCACAGUGUCAGCGUCCAUGGCUGGUGAAGGUGGGAGCUCCUUGCAGGGCAGCUACGUAGAUGGGACUUUACCAGACCUGAUCAAGAGUGGCAGGCCACUCGGCAGACGCAGGACACUGGGACACGUCUCAGAAACGCUAAAUGAGGUGCGCAGAGAAGUGGAGCUGUCUCGGAGGCGAAGUAUCAAGCUUAAGGCCCAGGUGGACAAACUACAGGAGAGCAGAGAUGGACCAGGCUGGAGCCAACACAGAGAGAGGGUCACAGAGGAGAUCUUGUCCAUUCUGCGACUGCUGCACCCACUAACAGAGCCAGAGUCCAGCCCACCUAAACCUGAUAGUGGGAAAAACCGCCUGGAUGCUGCCCUGGACGAGCUGCAGAACGUGGCCCGGAAACUGGCAAUCAGCCACACCAAACAGGAGUCCAAAUCUGGACAGGGAAAAGGAGCAGAAGACAGUGCUGUUCUGCAGCAGGCUCUGCGGGACAGAGAUGAGGCCAUGGAGAAGAAGAAGGCGAUGGAGGCCGAGCUGCUGCGGAGUAAGACAGAGAUGAUGAUGCUGAACAACCAGCUGCUGGAGGCCGUGCAGAAACGUCUGGAGCUGUCGCUGGAGCUCGAGGCCUGGAAGGAGGACCUUCAGGUGAUGGUCCAGCAGCAGGUGCGGAAUCAGCAGCAGGCAGAGCAGACCCAGAAGAAGUCGUCCCGCCUGGGCAUCCUGAGGAGAAACAACCGUCCGCCCAUCCAGCGGCCACCCAGUUUCCCCGUGGCUGCGCCCACCCCUCCCACAACCAACUCUAAUCAAAUCUUUGUAUCCAGAGCUGCUGCUCCAACUCCCAGUUCGCCUUCCCAACGCACCUGGAGGGACAAGCUGAGGAGGGGCAAGAGCAGUCGUUACGGAGAGGAUGCACCGGGGCAGGAGUCAGAGUGGGGCCGGGAAGACGACGGCUUCCAGGUCGUAUCACUCGAUUGAAACAGCGAUGACUCAGCACUCAGCGCUUUCAUUGUGAUGCACAACUCUCUGUUUAAUCCCACUCCAGUCAGAAAUAUGUUUUGCUUAGUGGCUGUCCUUUCAUUGAGCUUCACUGUGCAAAAUGAUGCAUAUGCAGUUUGAUACUAGAGGACUGUUUUCACAUUCAUCUGCUGAAGGGGGAAAGUUUCCCUGUGCUCACUUUAAAUCUGAGUUUAAGACGCUCACGUACGAGCAGGAUUUUGUGACAAUAACUAGUUUGGAGUUUGGAUAUUUAAAGGCUCCAGUGCAAAACACACACACUAACAGAGAAUGGAUUUCCAGUGAAGUAGGAGACAUCUCGUGUUCAGUGGUACUUUUGAAAUAUUUGCAUAUUCAUAGAUUCUUUUGAUUUUUCACUGAGGUAGGAGCAUAUAAUUUUUAACGAGGUAACUGAACUUCAGUCACAAAUUAUUACAACAAGCAGAGUCUGGAGGGACUCUUUAAUGUAUUCCUGGGAAUACAGGCUUUAAUUUAUGUAAAUAAUUGUAACUGAUUAUGAAUGAGCCAUAUAUUUGUUUAAUACUGUCAACACUUGAAUGCGUUACACUUAAUCUCUACUUUUUCCUGUCGUGUUGUAAAUAAAUGAAAUUAUUAUGCAAAACUC